GGGGACUGAAGGGGGCGUGCAGGUGAGCGGACGGGCCGGGUUUCGCCGGCAUGGCCGAGGCCAGGAAGCGCCGGGAGUUGCUUCCCCUGAUCUACCAGCAUCUGUUGCAGGCGGGCUAUGUGCGCGCGGCGCGGGAAGUGAAGGAGCAGAGUGGCCAGAAAAGUUUCCUGACUCAGCCUGUAACCCUUAUGGACAUCUAUACUCACUGGCAACAAACCUCAGAGGUUGGUCAGAAGCGGAAGGCAGAGGAGGAUGCGGCGCUGCAGGCUAAGAAGACCCGAGUGUCAGACCCCAUCAGCAGCUCUGAGAGCUCGGAAGAGGAGGAAGAGGAGGAGGUGGAAGCUGAAGCCGCCAAAGCCGCCCCAAGACUAGCGUCUACCAAUUCCUCAGUGGCAGGGCCAGUUUUGCCAUCAAGUGCAAAAGAAAAAGCCAAGGCAAAGACCAAGAAAGCCAGCCAGAUGGUGAACUCCACACCACAUCCGGCCUCUGGAAAGGCAGUGGCCCACCUUCUGUCUGGGAGGUCCCCCAGGAAGUCAGCAGGGCCCUCGGCAAAUACCAUCCUGGUCUCAGAAACUGAGGAGGAGGGCAGUGUCCCGGCCCUCGGAACCACGGCCAAGCCUGGAAUGGCAUCAGCCAACCAGGCCGACAGCUCCAGCGAGGAGACCUCCAGCUCGAGCGAUGAGACCUAUGUGGAGAUGAAACCUUCAGUAAAACCACCCCAGGUCAAAGCCUCACCAGCCCCUGCCAAGGACUCUCUCGGGAGAGGGGCAGCCCCAACCCCUGGGAAGGCAGGGGAUGUGACACCCCAAGUCAGAGGAGGUGCUCUGACCCCAGCCAGCAAGGCCAAGGAGCCGGAAGAGGACUCAGAGAGCAGUGAAGAGGAGUCUGAGAGCGAGGAGGGGGCCCCUGCGGAGCCACCCCACCAGGUGAAGGCCUCAGAGAAAAUGGUCCAGGUCAGAGCUGCCUCGGGUCCUGUCAAGGGGACCCCUGGGAAAGGGGCCACCCCAGCACCCCCUGGGAAGGCAGGGUCUGCAGCUGCCCAGGCCAAGGCAGGGAAGCCAAAGGAGGACUCGGAGAGCCCCAGUGAGGAGGAGUCCGACAGUGAGGAGGAGGCGCCGGCUGCCAAGACGCCACUUCAGGUGAAGCCUUCAGGGAAGACCCCCCAGGUCAAAGCUGCCUCAGCUUCUGCCAAGGAGUCCCCUAGGAAAGGGGCCCCUCCAGUGCCACCUGGCAAGGCAGGGUCUGCAGCCGCCCAGGUGGGGACGGGGAAGGGGGAAGAAGACCCAGAGAGUAGCACUGAAGAGUCCGACAGCGAGGGGGAGGCCCCAGCAGCUGUGCCCCCAGCCAAGAGCCCUGCUCAGGCAAAGCCCAUGGGGCAAAACUCCCAGGUCAGAGCUGCCUCGGGUCCUGUCAAGGGCCCCCCUCAGAAGGUGGGACCAGCAGCCCCCCGAGUAGGGAAGCAGGAGGAGGGGUCUGAGAGCAGCAGCGAGGAGGAAUCAGACAGCGAGGGGGAGGCACCAGCCCAGGCAAAGUCCUCCGGGAAAGUCCUCCAGGUCAGAGCUGCCUCAGGUCCUGCCAAGGGGUCCCCUCAGAAGGCAUGGCCUGUGGCCACCCAGGGCAAAGCCGAGGGGUCCAAGGAUGACUCAGAGAGCAGUGAGGAGGAGUCGGACAGUGAAGAGGAGGCGCCUGCAGCCGUGGCACCAGCCCAGGCAAAACCAGCUGUGAGAACACCCCAGACCAAGGCCUCCCCAAGGAAGGGCACCCCCAUUACCCCAGCACCUGCCAAGGUCCCCCCGGUUCGAGUGGGCACGCCAGCCCCUUGGAAGGCGGGAGCAGCAACUUCUCCAGCCUGCGCCUCAUCCCUAGCUAUGGCCAGGGGUGCCCAGAGGCCAGAGCACUCUUCAAGCAGCGAGGAGUCCGAGAGUGAGGAGGACCCCGCUCCUGCCCCAGCCGUGGGACAGGCAAAGCCUGUGGGGAAAGCUGUCGCCCUGAAAGCUGCCUCCACACCCACCAAGGGGACCUCAGGCCAAGGGACUGCCCCAGCACCCCCGGGGAAGGCAGGGCCUGCAGUGGCACCGGUCAAAGCUGAGGCGCAGGAAGACUCCUCGGAGAGCAGUGAGGACUCCGACAGUGAGGAGGCGGCUGAAGCUCUAGCCCAGGUGAAGGCCUCAGUGAAAACUCCUCAGAGCAAAGCCAGCCCAGCUCCCACCAGAGCAGCUUCAGCCAAAGGGGCAGCAUCAGCUCCGGGAAAAGUGGUCACUGCAGCUGCUCCAGCCAAGCAGGAGUCCCCGGCCAAGGUAAAGCCACCAGCGAGAGCCCCCCGGAACAAUGCUGUCUCGGUGAAGGGCCGGGGGUCCGUGCCAGCCGUGGGGCAGGCAGUGGCCACUGCAGCGCAGGCCCAGCCGGGGCCAGUCAAGAGCCCACAGGAGGUCUCCGAGAGCAGCGAGGAGGAGUCGGACAGUGACAGGGAGGCCCCCCCUCAGCCCUCAGGGAAGACCCCCCAGGUCAGAACUGCCUCAGCCCCCGGCAAGGGGUUCUCCAGGAAAGGGGCUGCAGCAGCCCCUCCCAAGAAGACAGGCACCCAGGCUGGGAAGUCAGAGGAGGACUCAGAGAGCAGCAGUGAGGAGGAGUCGGCCAGCGAGGAGGAGGCGCCGGCCCAGGUGAAACCUGCUGUAAAGCUCCCCCCGACCAAGGCUUCCCUGAUGAAAGGUGUCCCGGGCACUCCUGUUUCUACCGAGGCCUCCAUAGCACAAGUGGACACACCGGCCCCACAGAAGGCUAGACCAGCAACUCCUGCCAAGAAGGAGGGUAACUCCAAAGCUGCCAGAAGCAAGCCCCUGGCCCCAGCACCCCCAGAGAAGAACACAGAGGGCUCCUCGGAGAGCAGCGACGAGGAGCUGCCGGCCAGCCAGGUGAUUAAACCCCCUCUGAUUUUUGUCGACCCUAAUCGUAGUCCAGCUGGCCCGGCUGCUACCACCACACAAGCCCCGGCGGCAAACAGCCCGAGGAAGGUCCGGGCCUCGGCGAGCACAGCCAGGAGCUCCUCCUCCGAGAGUGAGGAUGAGGAUGUUAUCCCCGCCACGCAGUGCUCCACUCCUGCCAGUAGAACCAAAGCAGCUGUGCUCACGGCCCACCCAAGGCCAACUGCCAGAGCCAGCACUGUUGGGGCCGGCAGCAGGGAGGCGUCCGGUCGGGUGUCAGAAGGCAAGAAACAGGAGGCGCCUGGUGCUCAGGUGACAAAGAGGAGCCCUGCUCGCCUCCCUCUGACCCAGGCCGCCCUGAAGGUCCUUGCCCAGAAAGCCAGUGAGGCCCAGCCUCCUGCUGCUGGGACCCCGUCUUCCAGUGGGGUUGACGGUGCUCUGGGAACACUCCCUGUGCAGGCCAAGGGGACCAACAAGCUCAGAAAGCCUGAGGUUCCUGCAGUCCAACGGGCCACAGCCACUCCUGCCAGAUGUGCCAAAGCCAAGGCCUCUGACACCUCCAAUGACAGUGAUGACAGCAGCGGCAGCUCUUCAGGGAGCGAGGAAGAUGCUGCCGGGCCUCAGAUGGCUCCCUCGGCCCCCAGGCUAGGUCCAGCCCCCUCCACAACGGAGACCUUGGUGGAGGAGACCACAGCGGAGUCCAGUGAGGACGAGGUGGUGGCGCCCUCUCAGUCUCUCCUCUCAGGUUAUGUGACCCCUGGGCCGACUCUGGCCAAUUCCCAGGCUUCAAAGGCCACUGCUAGGCCAGACCUCAACCCCUCGGCUUCCUCUACUUCCGCCACCAAAGAUGCCCCAGACGGCAAGCAGGAAGUGGAGCGCCAACAUGUAGCAGGCACCGUAUCCCCUAAAACAAGCAGAAGAGAGGCUAAUCCCAUGCCUCAGAAGCCCCGGAAGCCCAAGAAGGAGGCCGAAAGCCCCCAGGCCUCCAUGCUGGCACUGCAGAGCGACAUCAGCCGGCGCCUCCUGAGUGAGCCCUGGCCCCUGAACGAGGCCCGGGUCCAGGCCUCAGUGGUGAAGGUCCUGACGGAGCUGCUGGAGCAGGAGAGGAAGAAGGCCGCGGAUGCCGCCAAGGAGAGCAGCAGGAAGGGCCGGGUGGGCCGCAAGCGGAAGCUGUCGGGGGACCAGACGGCCGCCAGAGCCCCCAAGAGCAAGAAGAAGAAGCAGCUGGUGGCCGGGGGAGGUGGGGAGGGUGCUGGCUCGCCAGAUAAGGCCCUCAGGACUCCCAAGGGGAAAGCCAAGAGAGACGGAGCGAGUGGUGACAUCAAGGAGAAGAAGGAGAAGGGGUCUCCUGGCUCCCAGGGGGCCAAGGAAAAGCCGGAAGGGGAGCCAGGGACACUGAAGGUUGAGGGUGGAGACCAAGGCAACCCAAAGAGCAAGAAGGAGAAGAAGAAAUCCGACAAGAAAAGAAAAGACAAGGAGAAAAAGGAAAAGAAGAAGAAAGUAAAAAAGACCUCAACCAAAGACCCUGACUCACCAUUCCAGAAGAAAAAGAAGAAAAAGAAGAAGACAGCAGAGCAGACUGUCUGAGGGGCACACGGCAACAGGGAUUUCCUAGCCAAGUGGUGACCAGCCCCAUGCCUCUGCCCUCUGGCCACCAUGGGUUGGAAUUGAAUCUUUAACUUCCCUCCCUCCCCAGAAGAAGCCAGCCAGCCGCAGAGCCCGUGCUGGCCGAGCUAGUGAGCCCUGCAGAGAGGCUGGUCCGAGGAGGAGGAGAAGUGACUUGAGCUCACCAGCUUCGCGUCUGACUUCUGCCCUGACACAGAAUGCUUCAGAUAGACGUGUACAGUAUAUAUAUAUUUUUUUAAGUGACCUGCCCCUCCCCCUUCAAACCCAACAGGGCCAGAGGCCUCGGGACUUUCCAUCUCUUGUUCCUGCAGACCUAGCAAGGCCCAGCCUGCAGCUCCUUCUACGUCUCUGGUCUCUGGCUGAUGCUGAGGCUUUGUCCUCUGUCAGUUUUUCCCUGUUUUGUGUGUGGUUUUUUGUAUCAACUCAGAAAAUAAAAGGCUUGAAGGAAAGGUGCGAGUUCCCAGCGCAUCCGGGACAAAUGUUUUGCAUUUGACUUAUUCUUG